AUGCUGGCUUAUCAGAAUAUGAAUCAGAGACAGCGUCAGUUCUAUGAUCAAGUCAAGAAUGCGAGUGGACAGCUCAAUCUGGAAAGGAGGCAGAUUGGCGAUGAAGAAGCGAAGGCGAUUGCUGAGGCACUCAAAGUGAACAAGACGCUGACUUAUCUCGAUCUGCACAACAAUCAGAUUGGCGAUGUUGGAGCGCUCGCUUUCGCUGAGGCACUCAAAGUGAACAAGGCGCUGGCUGAGAUCCGUCUGUGGGCGAAUCAGAUUGGCGAAGUUGGAGCGCAGGCGAUUGCCAAGGCACUCAAAGCGAACACAACGCUUGGCACGCUCUAUCUGGGUGAGAAUCAGCUUGGCGAUGCUGGAGCGCAGGCGAUUGCUGAAGCACUUCAAGUAAACACGACGCUGCCCAAGCUCUAUCUGCGUGAGAAUCAGAUUGGCGAUGUUGGAGCGCAAGCGAUCGCUGAGGCACUCAAAGUGAACAAGACGCUGACUACGCUCUCUCUGUACCAGAAUCAGAUUGGCGAUGUUGGAGCGCAAGCGAUUGCUGAGGCACUCAAAGUGAACAAGACACUGACCGAGCUCAGUCUGUGGCAGAAUCAGAUUGGCGAUGUUGGAGCGCAAGCGAUCGCUGAGGCACUCAAAGUGAACACGACGCUGAAGCAGCUCUAUCUGUGGCAGAAUCAGAUUGGCGAUGUUGGAGCGAACGCGAUUGCUGAAGCACUCAAAGUGAACAAGACGCUGACAAGGCUUGAUUUGUACAAGAAUCAGAUUGGCGAUGUUGGAGCGCAAGCGAUUGCUGAGUCGCUCAAAGCGAACACAACGCUUGGCACGCUCUCUCUGGGUGACAAUCAGAUUGGCGAUGCUGGAGCGCAAGCAAUUGCCGAGGCGCUCAACGUGAACACGACGCUGACCGAGCUCUAUCUGGGUGAGAAUCAGAUUGGCGAUGUUGGAGCGCAGGCGAUUGCUGAAGCACUCAAAGUGAACAAGACACUGACAACGCUUCUUUUGCACAGUAAUUUCCUGACCAAUGCUGGAACCACUGCACUCAGGCAAACUGGCAGUACCAUUUGUCAAUUCGAGUCCGCGUUUGCUCGUCUCGACCAGCAACGAACCCCAUCGCCUGCCGACUUGGCUCAGAUUGCAGCUCGUGCAGCAGCAAAUGCUCAGUCUCCACCUUCUGCGACCCCUGCAUCCGAGAUUCAGCAGUUGCGCUCCGAGCUUGCUGCCAAAGAUCAGGAGCUACAACAACUUCGCUCCGAGCUCACUGCCAAGAAUGCUCGGAUCGACGUACUUGAGCGCAACCAAGCUGCCAGUGAAUCUUUAUCAAAUUUUGACGGACCCAUCCCACAAGUGCCUCUCGCCACUCUCAUCUCCGCCACGAACAAUUUUGCCGCUGAUUCUCUGCUCGGCGAAGGAGCAUUUGGUCGCGUGUAUGGCGCCAGUUUGCCUGGACCUCGUGUUGCCAUCAAAAAGCUAUCCGCCGAAUCGAUCCAGCACUAUGCAGCGUUUCAGUCAGAGUUGAAAUCUCUAUCUAAAUUCCGUCACCCCAACAUCAUUGUCAUGCUGUCCUAUGCAGAAGAAGGCGACGAGCGAUGCCUGGUCUACGAGUUCAUGCCGAAUGGUUCUGUUCGCGACCGUCUCGCCCGCAAAAACAACACCCCUCCACUGACAUGGUCUCAGCGCCACCGCAUCGGGGCUGAUGUUGCCCGCGGCAUGCACUACGUCCAGACAGCCUUCCCCGAUCAUGCACUGUUCCACCUCGACCUCAAGACGGACAAUGUGCUUUUGGACGCACACUUCAAUGCCAAAGUCUCUGAUUUUGGUCUCGUCCGUGCUGCCCAACACCUCGAUGACAAGAGCUAUCUUCGUACGCAGACCGUUCAAGGAACCAUUGCUUACAUGUGUCCGGAGUUCUUAGAGGAAGGUCGCAUGACCAUCAAGACGGAUGUCUACGCCUUUGGCAUGAUUCUGCUGGAACUGCUGACUGCAGCCAAACCCGGCGCUCGGCUGAAAAAGGAUGCGCGAAAUGCUGUGAAAAACCAGAACGCAAUUGGCAUGCUAGACUCGGCGCUCACACCCACCGAAGCAGAGCGAGAGAGCGUCGGCAAUCUUGUUGCGCUUGCUCUCGAAUGUCUUGACGAAGAAGCGAACGACCGCCCCUCCUUUGGCAGCAUUCUCGUUCAAUUGGAUCCGUGAUGACAAGCAACGGUUGUAUUGUUGUUACAAUAUCAGAGUUCAUCGUGUCAA